GCUAGCUUUGUAAACGUUUUUAAGUUUUCAAAAAAUAAGUCGUGUGACUGCCGACUGGAUCGUAAUCGACUGGAUCUGGAUCCUUAAACCCUCAAGUGAAAUGUCGCUGAAUCCGCAGUACGAGAACAUUGGCAAGGCAUUCGUGCAGCAGUACUAUGCUAUCUUCGACGACCCACCAAAUCGGGCGAACGUGAUUAAUUUCUACGACGCUACGAACUCCUUCAUGACCUUCGAGGGCCAGCAAAUCCAGGGGGCACCCAAGAUCAUCGAAAAAGUUCAGGCUCUGAGCUUUCAGAAGAUUGCACGCGUGAUAACCGCAGUAGAUUCGCAGCCCACUUUCGACGGCGGAGUAAUAGUCAAUGUCCUUGGAAGACUAAAGUGCGAUGAGGAUCCCCCGCACUCCUUCUCGCAGGUCUUUCUUCUAAAGCCCAGUGCCGGCUCUUUCUUCGUGGCCCACGACAUCUUCCGCCUAAAUGUCCACAACGCUGCCUAAGAGCCAUUUAGCUGGACUAUAUCCAAGAUAUAUUUUUAUGAACCGACACAAACAAAUGUUUCAAAAGUCAGCAAACACUGUUUACAAAACAAUACAAUUGCUUCUGUUUCGGCAGUAAAAACAUAAAAAAAAAGUAGCCGAGUGCCUCGAUAAGGACCCAAUCGAAA